UCUUCUCACUAAUUUCUUCACGCUAAAUUUACAUCUCUCCAUUACUGUAAAUUGCCCAAUUCCCAGUCUUUCUUAAUUUCUUUCAAAUGGACAAUGGGAUGGAGGGCAAAGUUGAGAUGAAGAUGAACAGCAAAGGAAGAGUGAACGGCCGUGAGUUGUAUCUGAGGUUGUUCGCCUUGCUGCUUACUCUGGCUGCUGUCUUUGUUAUGGGGCUGAAUAAGCAAAGUAAGGUCAUUUCGAUGAAGAUCUUGGCCAAUUUUCCUCCUGUUGAUGUUCCUGUCACUGCUAAGUGGAAAUACCAGUCUGCCUUUGUAUAUCAUAUGGUGGCAAAUCUCAUUGCAUGCUCAUAUGCAGCAGCGUCUCUGUUAGUUUUGCUUGCGAGCAAGGGUGGCAGAAAGAGGGGCUUAGCAGUGUCAAUCAUUGUCGUUCUUGAUCUCGUGAUGGUGGCGUUGCUAUUUUCAAGUAGCAGCGCAGCCGCGGCCAUCGGAGUGUUGGGGUACACAGGAAAUUCACAUGUGCAAUGGCAUAAAGUUUGCAAUGCUUUUGGGAAAUUUUGUGAGCAAGCUGCUGCUGGAAUUGGCUUGUCUCAGUUAGGUGGAUUGGCGUUUCUCUUGCUGGUUGCCUAUAAAGCUUUAGGAGCUCACAACAAUAUGCCCAACUAGAAAGAAAGAAACUUUGAGCGAUAUUAUGCAUGCAUGAAAAGCUAUCUCUUAUUUUUCUGUUAAUUUUAAUGCCCAUCUGGGACUCCAACCAUGGUUUCUUAUAUUAAUGUCUGCAAAAUGACUGAACUGAACCUAUGUUUCAAGUCUAUGACUGGACACAAGUAUCACGAAAUUGGAAACAAUUAUCGCUAAA